AAAAUUUGGCAUAUUCCCAAAAGAUCUCGAUUAAAAAAAUAAAAUAAAAAUCUCACCCACCCCACGUUUGGUAUUUAUAUACAACUUCCGAUCUUAACGCCCCUUAAUUUUCUCUCCCAAACCUAAUUUUUUCAGUGAAUAUUGUCCAUUAGCAUUAAAUCGAGAUGGGUAGCUCUGGAUUCUCAUGGAAAUUGAACGACCACCCCAAACUUCCCAAGGGGAAGACCGUAGCAAUGGUGGUUUUGGAUGGAUGGGGCGAGGCCCAUGCCAAUCAAUACAACUGCAUCCAUAUCGCCGAAACUCCUACCAUGGAUUCACUUAAAACGGGUGCCCCUGAAAAAUGGAGAUUGGUGAGGGCCCACGGUAAGGCUGUGGGGCUGCCCACAGAAGAUGACAUGGGUAAUAGUGAGGUUGGGCACAAUGCUCUUGGUGCUGGCAGGAUUUUUGCACAAGGUGCUAAGCUUGUUGAUAUUGCUCUUGAAACUGGGAAAAUUUAUGAUGGGGAAGGUUUUAACUACAUCAAGGAAUCCUUUGCAACUGGAACACUUCACCUUAUUGGAUUAUUGAGUGAUGGUGGUGUCCACUCUCGGAUUGAUCAAUUGCAGUUGUUGCUGAAAGGUGCCAGUGAGCGUGGUGCUAAAAAAAUCCGUGUUCAUAUCCUCACAGAUGGACGUGAUUGUUUGGAUGGAUCCAGUGUUGGCUUUGUUGAAACUCUAGAAAAUGAUCUUGUAAAGCUUCGUGAGAAGGGUAUUGAUGCCCAGAUUGCAUCUGGUGGAGGUCGCAUGUAUGUCACCAUGGACCGAUACGAAAAUGACUGGGAAGUUGUCAAGAGAGGAUGGGACGCCCAAGUGCUCGGAGAAGCCCCACAUAAGUUUAAGAAUGCAGUUGAAGCUGUCAAGAAGCUGAGAGAGAUCCCUAACAUAAGUGAUCAAUACUUGCCCCCUUUUGUUAUUGUUGAUGAUAGUGGGAAGUCCGUUGGGCCUAUUGUUGAUGGUGAUGCUGUUGUUACCAUGAACUUCCGUGCUGAUCGCAUGGUCAUGCUUGCUUCGGCACUUGAGUAUGAGAAGUUUGACAAAUUUGACAGAGUUCGUUACCCUAAAAUCCGCUACGCUGGAAUGCUCCAGUAUGAUGGUGAACUCAAACUUCCAAACAAGUACCUUGUUUCUCCUCCAGAAAUCGACAGAACCUCUGGAGAAUAUUUGGUGAAAAACGGCAUCCGUACUUUCGCUUGCAGUGAAACGGUUAAGUUCGGUCAUGUCACCUUCUUCUGGAACGGAAACCGCUCAGGAUACUUCGACAACAAACUGGAAGAAUACGUUGAAAUCCCAAGUGAUAGUGGUAUCACAUUCAACGUCCAGCCCAAGAUGAAAGCCUUGGAAAUCGGUGAGAAGGCGAGAGAUGCCAUUCUUAGCCGCAAAUGGGACCAGGUACGUGUCAACCUACCUAACAGCGAUAUGGUGGGACACACUGGUGAUAUCAAUGCAACAAUCGUGGCUUGUAAGGCUGCUGAUCAAGCUGUCAAGAUGAUUCUUGAUGCGAUUGAGCAAGUUGGUGGAAUCUACGUCGUUACUGCUGACCAUGGCAAUGCUGAGGAUAUGGUGAAGAGAAACAAGAAAGGCGAACCUCUACUCGACAAGAAUGGCAACAUUCAAAUCCUUACUUCUCACACACUCGAACCUGUUCCUGUUGCAAUUGGUGGCCCUGGGCUGGCACCCGGUGUCAGAUUCCGCACUGAUGUGCCCAAUGGCGGACUGGCUAACGUAGCUGCUACCGUCAUGAACUUGCACGGCUUUGAGGCCCCUAGUGACUAUGAGACCACCCUCAUCGAGGUCGUUGACAAGUAGACAAGCCGGAGAGCGGAUUACACCCUUGAUUUUUGAGUCUUUUUCCUUUUUAUGCAGUAGAAGAUGUGAGAGUAUUACAGUCAUCAAAUGUGUCCCAAUAAAUAACUGUGCUAGGAUUUUAUUCACUUCCUAGAAUUCUUGAUUUGUGACUUGAAACAUCCAGCAGUUUCUGCUUGUGAUUUUCAUUGUUCUCAACCAGUAUUAAUUUCAAGAAUUCAGUUUGUCAUUUAUCAAA